GUGCGCAUGGGCAAAGAUGACAGGAAACGAGAACCUGAGUGUGAGGGCACCCAAAGCAGUAACUUAAAACGACAUCGUGAACGGUCUUUUGAAAUCCACCUCUCCGACACAAAUUCAUAUCAAAGACGGAGCUUCCAGUACUUGCACAAUGUGUUUUCGUCCUUCGGCAGUGUGGAUGUACGCAUUUUCAAGUCUUCAGAGAGAAGGCUAGCUCUCAUAAAUUUUCGACCGUUGAAUGUGGAAGUCUGGGAUGAAAGUGAGCCUGUAUUGCGUGACUCAGGUAGAUACGAGGACUCGUCACCUCCACGUCGGCGGUCGUCGCCCAGACACGCUAGUCGUCGCUCCCCAUCCUGUCGCCGAUCGCGUUCUCCACAGCGCGCGUCUGGCAGCCGUGCGCACUACUCCAGCCGUGCCAGUCGACCCGCAUCCAUCGAACCCGAGCCCAUCAACGACCCCAAGGCGACACGCACCCUCUUUGUUGGCAGCCUCGAGCCCGACAUCACGGACUCGGAGGUGCGCGAGGCCUUCGAACGCUACGGCGUCGUCGAACAGAUUGACAUCAAGCACCCAAGCUCCUCCCACGCCUACGCUUUUGUGCGCUUUGUAAACGUUGACAUGGCUAUUCUGGCCAAGAACAAGAUGUCCGGCAACAGCGUGCGUUCCUAUCACUGUAAAAUUGGCUUCGGAAAGCCCUUAAUCUCCAACAUGCUGUAUAUAAGUGGACUUGACAAUUGGCGGGAUGCCGAGGAGCUGGAGUGCUUCCUCAAUCAGUUUGGGACUCUUGUCAGCCUGGACUGGCAGUAUAGGCAGAAUUGUGCCACCGCCACCUUUCAAAACGCUGAAGUUGCCGAAGAGGCGAACCAACAGUUGAAGGCGUUGGCAUUACGCCAUCCGAAUCGCCGUUUGAUGGUAGACUUCAAGGAUAUGCUGCAAGCACCGAGGCAAUCUUCGCUCAUUCCCCUUCCGACUGCAUUCCCCAUGGUGCCUGAACUGAUUUCUGGUCUCCGUCCGCCCCUGCCCUUCCAAAAUCCAUUCGUUGCAGCUGCACUCGAUUUAAUGCGGGGUCCGGGCAACAGCGACAACAAUGCCUCUGCCUUUGCUCCCGCUCCGAUGGAGGAAACGCGCCAGCGGAGGCCGGCUCGGCAGAACGACUCCACUCGACACUCACGACCCUUUUCGGGUCCGCAUCGUCGUUCAGCUCCUUCUUCCCGUUACGGCGGUUGUGGUACCUCCCCCAUCGAUAGCUUACUCCGACCCGAUAUGAACGACACCUACGACCCCGUCCUCUCGUCCAUCGUCACGAUGCCCGACUUGGAGGCGUUCCUUCGGCCACAUCUGUGGUCUGCACAGCUGUACACCAAGAAAUCGGUCUUCCAGUUUCGUUGUCUCUACGUAGUUGGUGAUAAGGCGUUGGCCAAGGAGUUGCCACAGUGCGCCGCCUUUCAAACUGGAAGUGUCCUGCGAUUCCAGAUGCCUCAGCAGGCGCGAACUGAAGCCGCCUGGAUGGCCGACGCUGUUGUGCAAAUCAAUGCCGCUCUGUGCGACUCAUCCUCCUCCUCACCCCCACCCUUCUCCAUCCUCCUAGCUCUCUCCGACCAGGCCGAGGUGGACAAAGACGAGUCGAGGAAGGACGACCUGACGAGACCGCUCACUUGCCUCGUCGCCUACUUGCGCUUGAAACAGCGGGCAGCCUUCCUCACGCCCUUGCCGAGCACCGCCACACAGGCGUCUGCGGAUGCCUACAAGUACACCCUGUUGCUGCUCGCGCCAAGCAGUUUCUCUCUAAGCCUUUUGAAGUUCUCCGCGCCUCGACUCUCCUCCGGCCUGGCAUUCGUCGACGACUUUCUGGUGCUUUUGUUACUUCGCAAUUAA